AAAUAUAUUUAAGGAGUGAAGGAAGCGAAGAUUGCCAUCGAACAAAAGUUCAUCCGCUAUCAGCUUAUCAACAAUGUUCGCACUUAUUCUUUCUUUGUGUCUUUUUCAAGGAACACUUUCAUAUGUAAUUGGAGGCGGUGUACAAGCAAAUCCAAGCGGAUGCAACGUAUGUGGUGAUAGCCCUCAGUGGAGUGGAUGGACAGAAUGGUCUUCCUGUUCUGCCGCUUUUGGAACGCCAGUCCAAACUCGCACUAGACUUUGUCCAUCCGGCAACUGCCAAGGAGGUUCUACAACAGAAUCAAAACCAUGCGUCCUUUAUGAUCCACAACCAACUCAACCACAAUGGGGAGCUUGGGGAGGUUGGAGUAGUUGCAGUGCCACCUGCGGCGGUGGUACGAUGACGAGAAGUCGUGUUUGCAAUAACGGAUGCUCAACCUGCCAAUGUGUCGGAGCUGCUGCCGAGUCGCAAGCUUGCAAUGCUCAACCGUGCUGCACCUGGACUGCUUGGUCUUCCUGGUCGGCGUGCUCAGUAACCUGCGGAUCUGGAGGAUCAAUCACCAGAUCUAGGCAAUGUAGCUGUGGAUCGGGAUGUACUGGAGGCUCCGUUGAACAAGAGCCAUGCCCUCAACAAGCUGCUUGCCCGUGCACAACAUGCAAUCAACCACCACCACCAUGCAAUACUUGUAAUACCCAACCGGUUGUCAUUGUGACUCCAGCUCCAUGCACAACUUGUUACCAACCACCAGCGUGCUCAACCUGCGGGCAUGCACAACCUUUCUAUGAUCCAUACGGAAAUGGAAGAAAGAAGAGAAUGAUUACAGUAUCUGGAAAUUCGACAAGUGCUUAACUGUAUUGAAACUUGUGUACAUUUAUGCAAUAUUUUGCACAUUCCGAAGCAAUAUAAAUAAAGUAUUGAGCAAUUA